ACUUAAACCCCAGUUGGCACUCCAGCACACCGUUACUCCCGAUACCCGGUUUGGGCUAGCCGGUCCAUUCCUCCCGAACUUCAACGUAGCACUGCUGAAGCCAUCUGCACCCGUGUCUGGCUGGGGCUCCGCUGAUAAACGAGGAUAAGCAGGACCGGCAUGAAGAGGCAUGCCGGAGACCCCACCCAGAAGCCACGGGGAAUUGAUAAACAUGGCACGAGACCCGGGCCACCAUGGCUGCCGUGCGAGUGUCAGCCCUCCAGCUUUGCCUGCAGACGACGACACCGAGAGUUGCGAGAGGAGACCGUUGCUGCGGGAGGAGAAUCGAGACGCAGAAGAAGACGACGAGCCCUCAGACACCGCAUCGAGUCGACAACAAGGAGGACAGCGCAAGGCCAGCUAUAGCACAUUCUCUCCUUCGUCGUCGUACAAGAGGAACAGGCCAUCAGCCUCACAGCCCAGCAUGGCAGCGGACAGCCUCACCAAGCAGCCCACCGCCGAGGAUGCGGACGACGGCAUCACCAAGCCCGUCAUCGGGCAGACGGAGACGACGGCCCACGCCAUCCAGGCAGAGCACGAGCUCACCUUCACCCAGGCGUGCCAGCUGUACCCCAAGGCCAUCUUCUGGAGCGCCUUCGUCUCCCUGGGCGUCAUCAUGCUGGCCUUUGACCCGCAGCUCCUCGGCAACCUGUACGCCACGCCGCAGUUCCAGCGGGACUUUGGGUACCCGUACGAGGGCGGCUACAUCAUCUCGGCCGCCUGGCAGACCGGCCUGUCCAUGGGCAACCCGGUGGGCCAGGUGGUCGGCGCGCUGUUCGCCGCCUACCCGAUGGACCUCUUCGGGCGCAAGUGGACCUUUGCCGCGUGCGUCGUCCUCACCGGCGCGCUGGUCUUCAUCCAGUUCUUCGCCCGCAGCCUCGAGGUGCUGCUGGCCGGCGAGCUGCUCGGCGGCCUGGUCCUGGGCUGCUACGUCGUCAUCGCGCCCGCGUACGCCAGCGAGGUGUGCCCCGUCGCCCUGCGCGGCCACCUCGCCAGCUACGUCAACCUGUGCUUCGUCAUGGGCCAGCUCAUCGCCAACGGCGUCACCGCGGGCACGCAGACCAUGGACGACCACUGGGCCUACAGCCUGCCGUUUGCGCUGCAGUGGGUCUGGGUCGUCAUCAUCGUCCCGGGCCUGUUCUUCGUGCCCGAGAGCCCGUGGUGGCUGGUCCGCCAGGGCAGGAGGGAGGAGGCCGAGGUCUCGCUGCGGCGGCUGGCGAGUGAGAAGGUCGAUGUGCUGGCCACGCUGGCCAUGAUCGAGGAGACGGACCGGCUUGAGAUGGAAAUCGAGUCCGGGAGUACGUAUUGGGAUUGCUUCCGCGGUGUCAACCUGCGCCGGACGGAGAUUAGCUGUGGGGUCUACUGCACUCAGGUUCUGAGUGGGAUCUAUCUCAUCAACUAUGGAACUUACUUCUUCCAGCUUGCUGGGCUGCCCACGAGUAUGGCGUUUGGGAUGGGGAUUGUAUUCUUGGCUGUUGGCUUUGUCGGCACGAUCCUGUCCUGGUUCCUCAUCAUCCGCUUUGGUCGCCGGUCCAUCUACCUGUGUGGUCUCGCCGCUCUCGUCUUCCUCAUGCUCCUGAUCGGUAUCCUCGAUUGUGUCCCCGGCCGCCCAAGCGGUGUUGCGUGGGCCGAGUCCUCGCUUAUGAUCGUCUGGAACUUUGCCUUUGAUCUGUCUGUUGGCCCGAUCUGCUUCAUUAUCAUCUCCGAGGCUUCUGCCACGCGAGUGCGAUCCAAGUCCAUCGCUGUGGCCACUGCCGCGCAGGCUAUUGUUGGCAUCGUGAUGACCGUCGGCAUCCCAUACAUGAUCAACCCGGAUGAGGCCAACAUGCAAGGGAAGUUGGGAUUCUUCUUUGGGGGGUUGGCGGCGCUGUGCUUUUUCUGGGCGUACUUUCGUAUCCCUGAGACCAUGGGGCGGACGUUUGAGGAGCUGGAUCUGUUGUUCGACCGGAAGGUGCCUGCUCGACAGUUCAAGGACUUCAAGAUUGAUUUAGCAGAGACUUGAUCAGGGGGGGGGAAGCUGUAAUGACUGUAUAUGAUCUCGUGGAGCACAACCAAUGGGAUGUUAAAGGGC